GUCGCUGCCACCGCCCCCUGUCCCGGGCCCCCCCCCUCCCUGGGUUCCCUCAGCCCAGUCCGGUCCAGCCCGGUUCCCGGGAGGAUGAAGUUCGUGUAUAAAGAGGAGCAUCCGUUCGAGAAGCGCCGCUCUGAGGGCGAGAAGAUCCGAAAGAAAUACCCGGACCGGGUCCCGGUGAUAGUAGAAAAGGCUCCCAAAGCUCGGAUAGGAGACCUGGACAAAAAGAAAUACCUGGUGCCUUCUGAUCUUACAGUCGGUCAGUUCUAUUUCUUGAUCCGGAAGCGAAUUCAUCUCCGAGCUGAGGAUGCCUUGUUUUUCUUUGUCAACAACGUCAUUCCACCCACUAGUGCCACGAUGGGUCAACUGUACCAGGAACACCAUGAAGAAGACUUCUUUCUAUACAUUGCCUACAGUGAUGAAAGUGUCUAUGGCCUGUGAAGCUGCUGCGCCUGUGGUGGGGGGUUCCAUUCUACAAAGAGAGAGGUGGCCUCCCCUUCCUUGACCUCCUCUCUUCAGGACCUGCACUUCCUAAUGUUUGAGGCUCUUCUCCAGAACCUCUUAGCAAGAGGGUCAAUGGGGGAGAUCGCUUCUAGUACCUCUCUUUUCUCCUUCCUUCCUCUUUCUUUACCACCUUUUCCUUUUUUGCUUUAGAUUUGAUUGUCCAUCUCUGUCACAUCAAGUGAUUGUUUUGGUUUCUGUUCCCUUUCUAACUGCCAAGGGGCUCAGAACCCCAGCAAUCUUUUCCUUUCACUACCUUUUUUGGGGGUAGAUGGAAGGGACUGAAAUUGUUGGGGAAGGUAGGAGGCACAUCAAUAAAGAGGAAACCACCAAGUUGAA